AUAUUUAUAACGAACCGACUAGCAUCUUCUUAUCGUUUUAUCUUAUUCUAUUUUAUUUAUCAUCUAAAUGUUUACCUCGAUCCGUUUCGAUUAAAUUUGUGAAAAGUUUCAUACUAAGCGAUUGAUUUGAAACGCGACCCAACUUCUAUUCGAAAUCGCUCCAUGGGAGAAGCCACGAGUCAACUAAAAUGAAUAUAGGUUCUUCAUGUUUCGCCUGAUCAUGAUCUUCUUUCUCUAUUAUUGAAUUUUUGCUUGAUGGUCCAUAAUCGUUUGAUUUCGAAUGUUCACUAUAUUGAUUGAUUACUCUUCUGUUCGAUUCACUAUCGAUGACCAUUUUUCUCUCUCGAAUGUUCGAGGCUCAUUCUUUGUCUCCUCAGUCUGUGUAAAAAGCCAGGGUUCUAUAUCCUUUCUGUAUGUUUGGAAGUUAGAAGCAACGAGAUAAUGCCGUAGCUACGAGAAUAUUCUUCCGUUUUGGUCCUUACAGCUCCACAUCUACAUAAGUUGAGGCUUUUCCCCUCCAGCUUCUAUGCACACAUUUUCCUCAAGACAUACGAGCAAUCAAUCAACCACGAUAUUCAAGUAUUUAAGCAAUCGAGAGCCAUGAACAACCUCCGUCAACAUCCAAACAAGGUUCCGGAGUUCCUCUACAUCGUCCAUAAUCCCUCAAAUGACCAAAAUCGUGGCGUUGUCUCUCAAAAGUCCGACGAGUCUUACUCCCCGUGCGAUAUUGGCUUCCGCCCUUAUGAUGUACGUACUCUCGGAUUUGAAACUGCAAGCAGCUAUCUUCCUUCCCAUUAUGGCGUCGAAAAUGAGAUUCCAAGAAACCUUCCAAGCAUCUAUGUCACUGCGACAGAUGACAUUGAAGCUGCGAGGAACCAGGUUAUUACCAGCGAGGAAGAGCUAGUUAUGUACAGGCUAAACGGAAGGUGUGAUGAGAUGAGAAGAUGUGUCGUCUUCAAGGCAUCAAAUUGGCUGCAGGAUUUAGAUUUGUGGGAAGGUGAUGCGGAUGAGGAUGAAGAGGGGAAAUAUGAAAGGCAGAAGAAGUUAGGGUCUGAGUGGUUGAUUUGGCCAAGCGUUCCGAAAGAGGCGAUCAUUAAUAUUUCGGGAAAAGAGGCUAUUAUGAUGGAAACCGGUUAGUUGUGCAAUUUGUGUCCAUAUUUGGAGGCCAACGAUACUAACUUUGUGCAUAGAAAAAGAGCAUGAGUCAUUCGCAAACUACCAAGGCCAAAAACGACGAAAGGCGUCAGCGGGUCCGAGUCGGGAUCUUGAGGUCGCAACAACUGCCAAAAGGAGCAAGUCCUCUUCGAAGUCAAGCGCCAGAAAUGAAGAAGGAUUCUUGUGCAAAGAGUUGGACUCGGACGGCACACCGCAGUACAUGGCUAAUUUUCCCGACAAGAAGACAUUUCAGUUCUCAGCCAUCCACGUCAUCGAACCACGAGAAGACGGUGCACAGUGUCUUAUCCACUGGGGUCCCAGCACAGAUCCCAGCUGGAUCAGUAUUGGUGAUGUUGAUGCCAGGGCUGUGAAGGAGUUUCGGAAGCGCCAGAUCAGGGCUGAGUCCCGUCAGGAACCAAAGAAGGGGGAUCCAUUCGAAAUCCUUUUUGAGGAGCCACUCAAUAAAGAGACUAAAUUGAAUAGCAGGUUCUUGGUCAGAUGGACUGAUACAGGGAGAAUCACGUGGGAGACUUACGGAGGUAGUCCUGGCGUGACGAGACAUGCUAGUAAUAGAUUUCUGGCGGAAAGAAAGAAAUGGAAGAGAUAUCAAUAUACAUGAGGCUUCUAACUGGAGCUUCUGGAGAUUUGCAGAACCUUAGGCAAGAUCUAUAUUAGAUUGGAUGGUCAAGAUUAGCGCACGUAAUUUGGGAAAUCGACAAGGACACACCAUGAUAGCAAGCAAUAAAAGCUGAUAUUCAUCGAUAUAAUGCAUAGUUCUUCUCAAAUGUAGCCAAUGUUCGCUCUCUUUUACUUUUAGCAGCGUGGUGUUUAGCAAUUCAAACCUUAGCCAGCUCAAAUUUUGGAAUGAAUCGUGAGAUUAUCGAAGAAAGGCAGUAAAUGAUGGUGGCUGGCCAUGACACGAGAUGAAA